UUUGAUAUAGUCUACCUGUUUAAACAUUAUCUGGUUGUUAGUUAAGGCAGUUUAAAAUGGAGACUAAAGUUGUGAAUUUUACCAGAGCAAUAAGGCAUAAGGGAAAAUUAUUUAUAAUUGGAAUAUUGUUGUUCGCUUUAAAUGGAUCAUGUGAUGGAUAUGACAUGGAAAACUACUGCGGUAAAGAGUUUACUUUCAUCUUGAAAGACGAGUACCAGAUUAAGCUUGAACUUGAUGACGACUACAUAUACCAGAGAAGAGGGUCCUGUGAGACCAGAUUCGAAGCCUGGUAUUCAACCUAUUCCAAACUCAUGUUCUAUUUUGAAGAUCUAGACCUCGACUGCGAUAAAGGCCAUCUCGAGUUUUACACUGAAAAGAGUGGUGAUAUACGUGUGCCGGGCUUGGAAAGAGACAUAUGUGGGUACGACAAACCACAGGGUGUAUUUACUGUGGACACACGGUAUUUCCGAAUAAAAUACGUCCCUAAAAGAAGCCAGUACAUUAAUGAUAUAUUUUCUAUUAUCAUUACAAUCUACGGGGAUGGUUAUUGUCCAAGCUAUGCACACGAAUGUGCAAACUCUCGGUGUAUAGAUGAAGAUCUUGCGUGUAAUGGCCAUGACUCGUGCGGGGAUGGUUCCGGUUGUGACCUAGGCACGGGUGCAGUCGUCGGUAUAGUGAUCGGAAGUCUUACUGGAUUAGCUUUAAUUGUCAGUUUAGUCGUCUGCUGCAUUUGUUGCACGAGGCGUAGUGGACAAACUCCCGGAGUAGUGCAGAACACAGCCAAUCCAGCGGUCACAUAUUCAGGUCAGAACCAACAGACAUUUAGCCAACCGAUGUACGGGGUUAACCAGGGAUUACCGUACAACCCAAGCCAAUCUCCAUACCCUCUUUCCACAGCACCGAGUAUUCCGCAGACAGCUUCUAACCAACCGGGUUACAGUCAUCCAGUGUAUGAUGUUAAUCAGGGGACACAAUAUCCUACAAACCAGGCAUAUUAUCCUACCAUGUCGCUAAAUUCAGAGACCAAUCAACAACCAACAGACGAGAAGCAGUAUAGUGCUCCCCCACCGCAAUAUAGUGAAAUAUUUGCAAACUCUGAACAAGGCACUAAUCAGUCUAUGCAUUAAUGUACAAACAGCUUAUCCUCAGUGUUGUUACCGAAGGAAAAAGGAACAUACAUUACGAAAGAUUUUUUUUACGAAAGAUUUUAUUAAAACUCAUUUGCUCGGCACUGUAACACUGAAGCAAACAGUGCUAUAAAAUGUUCUCUAUUAAGGAUAUGCAUGUGAGAAAGGUUGGUACAAUUUAAUGACACACAUUAUAAAAAUAUUUCACUGGUUGCGGGUACAGAUAGGAAUAUCAAGCACGAGGGUAACUGUUUCGGCGGUAACGGGGCUGCCAGUGAUUGGUUCUUUUUCUUGCAUGCCUUAUUCUUCAAUUUUUGAUAGAUAUAAAGAAAAACGAAGGUUUUUCUUUAAGCCGCUAUUUUGUUAUAGUAGCGUAUGAAUGUACGCAUUCAUUCAUAUAUUAUAGCACGUGAGCCCUCUCACGACCCUGGGUGUAAGAUUAUAAUAUCUGGCAUGUGUUUACGAAUCGGAUAGAAAUAUCCGUUCCGAGGGCACCUACGCAUUGGGCGGUAACGAGGCUUUCCGAUUUACCGCCCAUGCGCAUAUGGCCGAGGGACGGAUAUUUCUAUCCGAUUCGUAAACACAUGUUUGACAUUUUUCUUGCAUAUCGUAUACGUAUAAGCAUUUUCUUUUGACAGAUUUUUUUGCAUACCGUAUUUUACAAAAAAAAAAGAUAAAUAAAUAAAGCAAAUAGAAAUACACUCUUUCAUGCAGUUGGCCUAGAGUAUGUACACAAAGCGCAGGAAAUUAACACCCGUGAGCGGAAGUGACGUCAUGACGUGUUAGUGAUGCAAAAUAACAAAGUUCCCCUUUAGUUGUAUCGUUUGUAGCGUAAAGGUAUGUUCUUACCGUAAAAUAACAUAUUUUGAAUCGAGAAAUAAACUAUAAGGAACGGAGAGAAACAAUCAAAGUAGAACGACCUGCUUUUUUUUCGUAUCUUACAUAUUCAAUGCAUGAAUCGCUAGUUGUCAUAACACCACGAGAGUCAUCUGGCAUGGGGGUGCCAGAUGGGUUUUGCCGGCAUGGGUAAAAUCGCCGGAAACGCCAGUCCGGUGUGCCAGAAGAGUUUUUCUAGCACCGGAAAAGCACGGGAAAAUCCUGUCCGGCAUGAAAGUAUAAGACUUUAUUUCUACCUGUGAUGCUUGAUUUAUACUAAAUACACUGGAUAUGAAUCUCUUUUCGUUGUGAUAUCAAAAUACAUUGUGAACAGUUUCAGUACUACAGAAUAUGACAACUGUUUGUUGAGUCUCUCACUCUGACACAAUUAUAGGUAAUAUUGCAACUUUCCUGAUUUCUAUUAUGGAGGAAGGACCAAGGUGCCUCUUCUGAUAUUACUUCAUCAAGGGCUGGCACCACCGAUCUUCCGUAAACCAGCUUGAUGGUUUCUUCAUAUGAACAAUCUACACGAAUACGCCAAAUAGAUAGAUAUAUUUCGGUAUUGAAAACUUUAAAUAUUGUUAAAAAAACUCAUGAUGCGUAUAGUUAUAUGAAAUACAAGAACGACUUUGAAAAGAAGACCCUUUAAAGGCAUAAAAUAAUUAAUACAAUAAAAUAUGCCUUUUGUGUCUUAUUUUGCCUUAAUAAAGUUAAUAUUUUUACAAGACCAUUCUGCUAAAAAUAUGUAGUAGAAACAAUACAUCGUGUCUUGUUUAUGAAUAGAUGCAAAAUCAAAAAUACAUUCAAUGUUUACUGUAAUAGAAUUCAGAUUAUACCGGUGCUAGGGAGCGUGAGGGGUGAUGGAUAUUUCAUUACCUCUCAUGAAUAGAGUCUUUUUGCAUAGUUGCAUUCUAUACAUCCAUAGAAACUUCUUUUAAAUUAUAUAAAUCAACUUAAUCACGAUUUUGCAUGGUUGCAUUCUAUGCUUCCAGAGGAUCUUCUUAUAACAUGUAUUAAUCAAUCAAAUCACGAAUAUUUGAAUGGUGUACCAAUAAAUAUAUUGCGUAAUGUA